AUGUUGUGGCCUGACUCCUUGUGUCUUUGGGUCCUGGAGUCCUGCCCCUUCUGCCUCGUUGCCGACUGCAGUCACAUGUGCGCACAGUUGGCAGCCUGUGUCAUGCUGUCAUGUGUUUGCCUGAUCGCCCGUCUCCGGAAUGCGUGUGCCAUUGUGUGCCAUUGUGUGCCAUUGUGUGCCAUUGUGUGCCAUUGUGUGCCAUUGUGUGCCAUUGUGUUGCUGGCAUUGCAUGGGCAGGCAUCCAUGGCCUGUGCCUUCUGUGAAGGCGGGGGCGACUUCGUGCAAUUCCUUGUGCCGUUGUGUUGGAGGCCGCCCUCCAUGUUGCGUUUUCAGGACGGCGCAAAGCUUCACGUGCUGACCUGCUGGCGCGGCCUUCCGUGUGGUGGAUGCAAGGUGGCCUUUUCCGUCCAUGUCGAAUCCUCAUUGCAUUGA